AGAGAGAGAGAGUGAGGGAGAGAGGGAGUGAGAGCGCGAGCGCGAGGAGAGCGCACUCACAUACACAUACAUACACACACUCGAGCGCGCGCGCGCGCACACACACACACACACGCACAGAGAGACUCACGGACGGAGCGUAUGAGUGUGUGAGAGAGAGAGAGAGAAAGAGAGAGAGAGAGAGAGAGAGAAUGGGGCGCGCGACGCGGUGGGAUUAAUGACCCCUGAGAGAAUCCCGUCACCUGGAGAAAAGUGCUGAUAAAGUUUCACUGUAACUCCGCGAGCGGGACAUGGAUACGCUCGUGCUGGGUUUGUUACUUGUGCACGCGACGGUGGGAGCCUCCGGGAGCGAGUACGGAACCGUGCAAAUGGGACACGCCGAAAAAGGUGGUUGCUCGUUCGAUGACGGACCCGCGCAGUGUGAUUACCAACAGGAUCCGUACGACGAUUUUGAUUGGACGCAUGUCAGCGCUCAGGAAGUUCCCUACCUGUCCCCUGAACUGCCUCAAGGUUCGUACAUGAUGGUGGACUCGUCCCAGCAUGACCCUGGGGAGAGAGCACGUCUUCAGCUGCCUGUGAUGAAGGAGAACGACACGCACUGCAUCGACUUUAACUACCUGCUCUACGGCACCGAUGGGUCCAGUCCCGGAACGCUGAACGUGCUGGUCAAGGUGAACAAAGGCCCGGUGGCAAAUCCCAUCUGGAACAUCAGCACACACACCGGGAGCACGUGGAGGAAGGCGGAGCUCGCCGUCAGCACCUUCUGGCCCAACGAGUACCAGGUAAUAUUCGAGGCUGAGGUUGCUAACGGUAGACGAGGUUUCAUUGCGAUUGAUGACGUGCAGGUGCUGAGUUACCCGUGCGAUAAAUCGCCUCAUUUCCUGCGUCUGGGUGACGUGGAGGUAAACGCAGGACAGAACGCCACGUUCCAGUGCAUCGCCACCGUACGGGACGCCGUUAAUAACAAACUCUGGCUGCAGAGGCGUAACGGAGAGGACAUCCCCGUGGCGGAGAAGAAGAACAUUAACCACAGGAAGUUUGCGGCGUCGUUCCGGCUGAGCGAAGUGACGAGUCAGGAUCAGGACCUGUACCGCUGCGUCACCCAAUCAGAGCGCGGCUCCGGCGUCAGCAACUUCGCCGGCCUCAUCGUCAGAGAGCCGCCGAGGCCCAUAGCUCCGCCCCAGCUGCUGGGCGUCGGCCCGACGUACCUGCUGAUCCAGCUGAACGCUAACUCCAUCUUCGGCGACGGGCCGAUCAUCCUGAAGGAGGUGGAGUACCGCAUGACGUCGGGGUCGUGGACCGAGACGCACGCCGUCAACUCGCCGCACUACAAGCUGUGGCACCUCGACCCCGACACCGAGUACGAGAUCCGCGUCCUGCUGACACGCCCUGGAGAGGGCGGGACCGGAAAACCCGGCCCCGCCCUCAUCACUCGCACCAAGUGCGCAGAGCCCAUGCGCACUCCGAAGUCUCUGAAGAUUGCAGAGACCGGAUCUCGCUCCAUCUCUGUGGACUGGGAGUCUCUGGGCUACAACAUCACACGCUGCCACACCUUCAACGUCACCAUUUGCUUCCACUACGUUACCCGGGGCAACCGCAGCCAUGGCGAUCGCGGGCAGCAAGGUGACCGCAACCAUGGCGACUGCCUGGAGAUGGACCCGAAAGCACCACGCCAUGUGGUACCUGACCUCCCGCCCAACACCAACAUCAGCCUGAAAAUGAUUCUCACUAACCCUGAAGGGCGCAAAGAAAGUGAAGAGACGAUCGUCCAGACACAGGAGGAUGUACCUGGACCCGUUCCCAGCGCCUCUCUGAAAGCCACUCCGUUUGAGGAUCGAAUCUUCCUGCACUGGAAGGAGCCACUUGAGCCCAACGGAGUCAUUACACAGUAUGAGAUCAGCUACAGCAGUGUGUCCUCAUUUGACCCGUCCGUCCCAUUGCUCCGCCCCCCUCUGAUGGUGUCUUUGCCAUUUAACGCGUCUCAUCACGUGUUCUCCCAGCUCCACCCAGGAACCACCUACCACUUCACCAUCCGAGCACGAACCAGCAAGGGCUUCGGCCCGGCCACCACCAUCAACAUCACCACCAACAUCUCCGCUCCGAUCCUGGAGGAGUACGACGGCAGCGAGGCGUUCCUCAACGACACGGCAACCACCAUCACCGUUCUGCUCAAACCCGCACAGGCUAAAGGAGCUCCCAUCAGUGCUUACCAGAUCGUGGUGGAGGAGCUGAACCCUCACCGAUCACGCAGAGACGCCGGAACCCUCGAGUGUUUCCAGGUUCCCGUGUCCUACCAGACGGCCUCCAGCUCCGGGUCUCCGUACUACUUUGCGGCGGAGCUUCCUCCCGGGAAUCUUCCAGAACCUUCUCCUUUCACGGUGGGAGACAACAAGACGUACCGGGGCUACUGGAACGCUCCGCUCGCUCCACGCAAAAACUACAACAUCUACUUCCAGGCUGUGAGCAGUGUGGAGAAGGAAACGAAGACGCAGUGCCUGAGAUUGGCAACUAAAGGAGCUACAGAGGAGCCGGAAGUGAUUCCCGAUCCGGCUAAACAGACGGACCGCGUGGUGAAAAUCGCCGGGAUUAGCGCCGCAGUGCUCGUGUUCAUCCUGCUGCUGCUCGUGGCCAUUUUACUGGUGAAGAAAAGGAGGACCUACUAUUCUUACUCAUAUUACCUGAAACUGGCUAAGAAGCGCAAGGACGCGGCGGGAAACGCGAGGCAGGAGAUGACGCACAUGGUGAACGCCAUGGACCGGAGUUACGCCGAGCAGAACACGCUCCACACCGAGGAACCGAUGACCGUCACCUUCAUGGACUCGCACAGCUUCAACAACCGAUUGCCCAACGAUCCGCUUGUGCCCACAGCCGUGCUCGAUGAGAAUCACGCAGCAGCAGAGAACAGCAGGUUGUUGGACGUUCCUCGAUUCCACUGUGAAGGAACCGAAUCUCCGUAUCAGACAGGACAACUUCACCCGGCAAUCCGAGUGGCAGAUUUACUGCAGCACAUAAACCUGAUGAAGACGUCCGACAGUUACGGCUUUAAAGAGGAGUACGAGAGUUUCUUUGAGGGUCAGUCGGCGUCGUGGGACGUGGCCAAGAAAGAGCAGAACCGAACCAAAAAUCGCUACGGCAACAUCAUCGCAUACGAUCAUUCUCGAGUGAUCCUGCAGCCGGUGGAAGACGACCCCUCGUCCGACUACAUCAACGCCAACUACAUAGACGUAAGUGGCGCUGUGUGUCCCUCCUCCUCCUCCUCCUCCUCUUCCUCCUCCUCCCUUGGCGAAGGUGUGAGAAACAGCUCUCCCUCUCUCAUUUGGCUGUACAGGGAUGGCUACCAGCGUCCGAGUCACUACAUCGCAACGCAAGGUCCUGUCCACGAGACGGUGUACGAUUUCUGGAGGAUGAUCUGGCAGGAGCAGUCGGCGUGUAUCGUCAUGGUAACCAACCUGGUGGAGGUGGGACGGGUGAAGUGUUAUAAGUACUGGCCGGACGACGCAGAAGUGUACGGAGACUUUAAGGUGACGUUCGUGGAGGUGGAGCCGCUGGCGGAGUACGUAGUGCGCACUUUCACUCUGGAACGGAGGGGUUUUAAUGAAGUGCGUGAGGUGAAGCAGUUCCACUUCACCGGCUGGCCGGAUCACGGCGUUCCGUAUCACGCUACAGGACUGCUGUCCUUCAUCCGCCGCGUCAAAAUGUCCAACCCUCCAACUGCAGGACCAAUCGUAGUGCACUGCAGUGCGGGGGCGGGCCGUACAGGAUGUUACAUUGUGAUUGACAUCAUGUUGGACAUGGCGGAGCGCGAGGGCGUGGUGGACAUCUACAACUGUGUUAAAGCGCUCCGGUCACGACGCAUCAACAUGGUGCAGACUGAGGAGCAGUACAUCUUCAUCCAUGACGCCAUCUUGGAGGCGUGUCUGUGUGGCGACACCGCGAUCCCGGUGUGUGAGUUUAAAGCUGCGUAUUACGACAUGAUCCGCAUCGACUCACAGAGUAACUCCUCCCACCUCAAAGACGAGUUCCAGACGCUGAACUCAGUGACCCCUCAGCCCCAGCCUGAGGACUGCAGCAUCGCUCUCCUGCCCCGGAACCACGAGAAGAACCGCUUCAUGUCCAACCUGCCGCCUGACCGCUGUCUGCCCUUCCUCAUCACCAUCGACGGAGAGAGCAGCAACUACAUCAACGCUGCACUGAUGGACAGCUACAGGCAGCCGGCAGCGUUCAUCGUCACUCAGCACCCUCUGCCCAACACGGUAAAGGAUUUCUGGAGGUUGGUGUAUGAUUACGGCUGCACCUCCAUCGUCAUGCUGAACGAGAUCGACCUCGCUCAGGGCUGUCCUCAGUACUGGCCUGAAGAGGGAAUGCUCCGUUACGGCCCCGUGCAGGUGGAGAGAGUUUCCUGCUCCAUGGACUGUGAUGUCAUCAGUCGCCUCUUCAGGAUAUGCAACCUGACCCGACCACAGGAGGGCUACCUCAUGGUCCGUCAUUUCCAGUACCUGGGGUGGGCGGGGCUUAGAGAAGUUCCUGCCUCCAAGCGCUCGUUCCUGAAGCUGAUCCUGCAGGUGGACAAAUGGCAGGAGGAGUGUGAGGAGGGAGAGGGUCGCACCGUCGUCCACUGCCUGAAUGGCGGGGGUCGCAGUGGUGUUUUCUCAGCGAUCACUAUCGUGUGUGAGAUGAUUAAGAGGCAGAAUGUUGUGGACGUGUUUCAUGCUGUGAAGAGCCUGAGGAACAGCAAACCCAACAUGGUGGACACACCGGAGCAGUACCGGUUCUGUUACGACGUGGCGCUGGAGUACAUCGAAAACUCAUAAUGGAGAAGUGAAGAAGGAGCCAUCUGUCCAUCCAUCCAUCAUCCAUCCCUCACAAUUUCUCGCACACUCGUCUUUCCCAUCAUCAUCAUCAUCAUCAUCAUCAUCGUCAUGUCGUUCCUGCUCAUCGGACACGCAGAAGUCGGAAAGUCUGCAGAUGGAAACGAAAUAACGAUAAAUGUGGUACAUGCUGUUUAGCAAACAGUGUUAGCUAGCUAGCUUUCUAAAAAAAAGUGUGGAACGUGACGGAACCAUUCACACUUUUUUUUUUUUUUUUUAAAUAAUUAAUUUUUUUUGUAAACACAAAGGCCAAUCUGUUGCAUGCAAAACAUUUUUUUUGUUUAGUUUCUCUCCAUUGUUGUCCCUGUUACUGUCGAUGAACCAUGUAUAUGAUUAUAUCUGAUGUAGACGUAUAUAAUAUCCAUCGUUGUGUAAAAAAAAAAGAAAAAAAGGAAAAAUCUCAACUGCAGCGUGUGACAUUGGCUUUGUAUUGUGCACUAAUGGCUGGCUUAUGGAUUAUUAUUGUCUUUAUUUUUUAUCGUUUUCAGUUUUUGUAGCAGAAUUAUAAUCGUAAGCCAAAGACGAGUGUAAAUAUGUCUAUAAAGCACAUUGUUUGUAUUUAUUUUUUUUUCCCGAAGGCUCAAAACAAUCGUCAUUCCUGCCUCUUUACCUUGUAAACAUUUUAUUGUGAAUUUUUUUGUUUCAUUAUUAUUUCAAUAGUGUUCUACAGACUGUAGGCAUGUGAUGAUAAAUCAGCUGAAUGACGUACUGCGGUAUUUACUGCUUAUUAAAACGCUGUUUACAUCCGAUUGUAAUGUACAUUUCUACCACCAGGAUUUGGAUUUUGUUAAUUUAGCAUUUUUAUAUCUAAUUUUGGAUUUAAUCAAAUUAAUUAAUUUCCGGUUAAUCCAAUUUAAUUUUAAAAUGUUCCGAAAAUUUACAUUUUGCCAGCACAGCAACUUCCUCGACUUCUGGUUGGCUCAGAAUAACAAAAAAAUUUUUUUUAAAUUAUGCCUUUUUUUUCUUUUCCAAAGUGCUAUUCACGGAAUUUAAACAUUUUUUGUCACCAAAUUUUUUUUAGAUUGUAAAGCUGAUUAUUUUAUAAACUUUAAUUUCGAGUUGGAUUUGUUUUAAAGCCUUUUAGAGAUUUUUUAAAGCAUAAAAAAUUCAAAUCAGAUCCUAGUCAAAAUAUUAUAUUUAAAAAAAAAAUAUAGGAGAUGCAAUGAAAUCAGGUAAAUUUUUAAAAAAGUCAUUAUUCUCUGGUGAGGAAAAAAAGAACAAAUUGUCACACUGACUGAGAAUUUUCUGCUGAUGCUGAAAUUUAAAUAAAUAAAAAAAGAAAAAGAAAAUAUCACUGUAAUCAGGAAAAGGUCAUUUUCUCCUCAUUCUUUGUGGUUUAGUGAUGAUGCAGUGAAUAAUUUAUCCUCACAUGCCUGGUGUUAGUUAAUUAUGUAAUUUUUUUUUUUUGUAAUUUCUUUACUUUUUCAAAUUUUUACCUGCAUUUUGUGUACAUGAUUGUGAACUGUAUCUUUUACUGAAGCGAUAUCGAGGAGAAAAUCUCCCGAAGAAGAGAAGAACUUUAUUUUACAGACUUUUCCGGAGAACUCGAGCGCUAACGUACGAGUGUUUUACGCUAAAUAUCCACAGUGUUUAACUCCAGCGUGUGUAAAGGAAGGAAAUCACAGCCAGACGCCGCCGUGUUGGACUUUAACAUGGAAAGGGAAAAUGAAAAGAAAAAAAAACGAAACGAUCAAUCGCAUCAUCUCAGUCACGCAUCAUCUUUGUUCUGUCUGUAGUUGUUGGCUUAAUGGCUGUAAUGAAACUAGUGAAAAUCCUUUUAAUAAAAAAAAGAUAAUGUGCAA